CUAAGUCCGAUUCAAAUGCGUUAGAACUGCUUUUAUUGUACAACUGUGCAGAUGUGCGGUCACUUAUUGUAGAAAGUAAUUGUCUACAAAGAAGCGAAAUAUUGACGGUCAUACAAAAAUCCAAACAUUGUCUUACACGUGUUAAGAUAACAAUGACACCGGAAAUAAGUAAAGCACUACAUCAUACAAGCAUACAGGAGCUGAACUGUAUCGGACAAUUUGACGUAUCAUCAUGUUCCUAUGUUCUGCCGUCCCUGUCUCAAUUAACAUAUUUGAGAAUAGAAGACACAAGCUUUUUGCAAGACAUAGCUCUUCCUGAAACAAUACAAAACAUUGUCUUGUCGAAAUGUGAAUGUUCAUCUGAAUGGCUGUGCAGCUUGUUGAUCUCGCUCUCUUCAUUAGAUCAUCCUGUCGAGUGUGAUCUGUGGGAUGUUGUAUUGCAGUUAAGUGAAGACAUCCGUGGAGACGAAGCGCAUACACAUAUAUCGGACUUGCGAUCUCAAAUACUGUCACAUGACCUGUCCAACAUUGAGAUAUUAGUGAAAAAUGGCAGUAAGGAACUGUUUGAACUAUUGCGUGAUACUAGUAUUGGGAUCCUUAAACUGAGGACGGCUAAUUGUGCCUCAUUAGCAUCCGAGAUUCUUCACACGCUGAAUAAGCUUACUAAGCUUUAUUUGUGGGGAACCUAUACGGGUAGAUGUGAUCUGAGACUGCCUGCGUCAUUGCAAUGUAUUAGUCUCCAGGAAGGCGAAUGUUCAUCUGAGUGGCUGUGCAGCUUGUUGAUCUCGCUCUCUUCAUUAGAUCAUCCUGUCGAGUGUGAGCUGUGGGAUGUUGUAUUGCAGUUAAGUGAAGACAUCCGUGGAGACGAAGCGCAUACACAUAUAUCGGACUUGCGAUCUCAAAUACUGUCACAUGACCUGUCCAACAUUGAGAUAUUAAUGAACAACGGCAGUAAGGAACUGUUUGAACUAUUACGUGAUACAAGUAUUGGGAUCCUAGACCUGAGGACGGCUAAUUGUGCCUCAUUAGCAUCCGAGAUUCUUCACACGCUGAAUAAGCUAACUAAGCUUUAUUUGCGGGGAACCUAUACGGGUAGAUGUGAUCUGAGACUGCCUGCGUCAUUGCAAUGUAUUAGUCUCGUGGAUGUCAAAUGUUCAUCUGAAUGGCUGUGCAGCUUGUUGAUCACGCUCUCUUCAUUAGAUCAUCCUGUCAAGUGUGAGCUGUGGAAUGUUGUUUUGCAGUUAAGUGAAGACAUCCGUGGAGACGAAGCGCAUACACAUAUAUCGGACUUGCGAUCUCAAAUACUGUCACAUGACCUGUCCAACAUUAAGAUAUUAGUGAAAAAUGGCAGUAGGGAACUGUUUGAACUAUUACGUGAUACUAGUAUUGGGAUCCUUAAACUGAGGACGGCUGAUUGUGCCUCAUUAGCAUCCGAGAUUAUUCACACGCUAAAUAAGCUAACUAAGCUUUAUUUGCGGGGAACCUAUACUGGUCGGUGUGAUCUGAGACUGCCUGCGUCAUUGCAAUGUAUUAGUCUCCAGGAAGGCGAGUGGUCAUCUGAGUGGCUGUGCAGCUUGUUGAUCACGCUCUCUUCAUUAGAUCAUCCUGUCCAGUGUGAGCUGUGGGAUGUUGUAUUGCAUUUAAGUGAAGACAUCCGUGGAGACAAAGCGCAUACACAUAUAUCGGACUUGCGAUCUCAAAUACUGUCACAUGACCUGUCCAAUGUUGUGAUAUUCGUGAAAAAUGGCGGUACGGAACUGUUUGAACUAUUACGUGAUACAAGUAUAGGGAGUCUGAUCGUUACGGCUACUGAUAGUUGUACAUUGGAAACAAUUAUGCGAAGAAAGUUGAGCAUGUUAAAAAAGAUUAAUUUACUUGGAACUUAUUUGACACGCUUUGAAUAUGAUGUACCAGAAUCCCUAGAGUCGAUGUAUUUGCAAGAUGGGAAGUGCUCAUUGGAAUUGUUGUACAGUGUCUUAAUCAAACUGGCUCCAAUAAAACACCAUGUGCAAUUAGAUGUGGGGGACUGCUUCGUGAUAUCGAGUAAUGAAACCUGUGCAACUAGUUUAAACGAUUGCGUAAUGCAAUUGGAAUAUUCACCAAAAGUUAAAGCUGAUGUUAAUGAUAGUUUGAAUACGAAUGUGUCUGAUUUACAUACACAAAUGGUGUCAUGUGACAUGUCGAACAUUGAACUACGCGUCUUAAAAUUCCAAAAAGAGCGGUUUGAAAUGUUGCGAGGCACGAGUAUAAGAAGCGUGCAGCUUCAGGCUUUUGACGAUGUUUCACUGACAUUUUUGACACAAAACACGUUACCAGCGUUUACGGAAAUUCGAUUACAAGGGACUUACUUGAAUGAUUUUAAUCACACAUUACCAUCGACUCUUCAAUUAAUUAUUUUACAAGAAGGAUCAUGCUCAUCAGAUUGGCUGUACAGUUUGAUGUUAAAACUUUCAACGCUUAAUCAUGCAGUGCGCGUCUUCUUAGAUGAAUACGUCGUUUUACAGAGGCGUGAGGCGAUUGGGAAAUACCCCGAACCGCUAAUGCGAGGUGCAGAUUUGUCAAGUGUUAAGUUGGAAGUAUUAAAGGAUUGUCCUGGAUUAUAUGAAACAUUACCCACAAUGCAUAUAACCAGUCUGAACAUAACUAAAAUAGAACACAUCGACCUACUGUCACAGACACUGCCCCGUCUCUCCCACUUGCAGCAGCUAAGGAUUUGUUUGAACAAGUAUGAUAUGGAGAUGAAACUGCCAGAAUGUAUUAAGUAUGUGUUUAUAAUUUAUAAAACAUUGUCCCCAUCAUCACUGCAACAAUAUGUAAAUAAUCUGUCUACUAUCAAACAUAGUGUACAGUGUAAACUGCUGUUCCGUGUGGAAGAGAAUGACGAUGAAUAUAUGAGAAUCAAGCAAGACUUUUGUGAAUUAAAAUCAGUUAAUGUCCAACAUUUUGAAAUUGUGAACAAAAAGGGUACUGUUCGUAGUGCUGCUGCUCUUACACUUUCUGCUACUGCUGAUGAUUGCGAUGACGAGUAUGACAAACAUUUACUCCGACGAGAGGGGGAAUACGUUGACACGAAGCCAUGGAUUAACUAUUGUAAAAUUCGUCUGAAGAUAUUGUACACAGAUACCUGUGGUGAAAGUUCUGAAACUCGCGCGUUUUGAAAGUAGUGUUAUUUUAUCGCAUUUGUAGUUACUUUAAAACGGACACAAAGAUAUGAACUGGAAUACUAGUUAAAAAGUCUGUAUGUUUGUUCUUGUGUUUCCUUAUCGUACAUUUAAUAUCAUUUGACAGAAGUUUGUUUUGUGAAAAUUAAUGAAUUUGAGCAAAGACACAUUUGAGAAAUAUACUUUACCGCACUAUUAUACAUAUUGUAUUUAAAGAAAUUCACAUAUUGAAAGAAUCAACAUUUUUAAUUAUUAUAUAUAAGUGCCUAAUGAGUGUAUAUAAAACCAAAUCAUAAAACUUUAACAUGACACAAAACAAAGUAAAUUUACCAACAAUAAAAAAUCCUUGAUAAAAAUGUGUCAUUUACUUAGAAGACGUGUUUGUGCAUCGUGCUUUAAACCAUGGUCAUCAACCCGGACAAAAAAUUAAGGAGCAAAGGAGUCAAACUAUGGUUAUCAUUUGUCUAAUCAAGUCAUCAGCCCAAAGAAUGGUCGUCAACGUUGGCCACUAAGCUAUGGUCAUCUAUCGGGUUACCACGUCGAAAGCGCAAACCACGAUCGAUAACGUGGGUUACCAAGUCAACAGUGAAAUACAUGGUCAUCUCGCGGGUAAACAAGUUAGAAGCUUAAAACAUGCACCAAACGCGGGAUUGCCAGGUAAUCGGCGCACAGACACUAUUUACCCAGUGAGCAGCGCAAACUAAAGUAGACAUUGCGGGUAACCAAGUCAGAAGCGCAAAACAAUGGUAGUAAUAGCUGUUAAUACCGUCAAUACCUCAAACAAUGGUCAUAAUCUCGGGUUAUACUGUCAGCAGCGCACAUCAUGGUCGUCAUCUAGGGUUAUAUCGUCAGCAGCUCAUACACUGGUCAUCAUCGAGGGUUAUACCGUCAGUAGUAAACACACUGAUCAUCAUCGUGGGUUAUAAAGUCAGCAGCGCGCACAGUGGUCAUCAUCGUGGGUUAUACUGUCAAUGGGGCACACCAUAAUCGUCAUCUCGGGUUAUAACGUUAGCAGCGCACACACUGAUCAUCAUCGUUUGUGAUACCGUCAUCAGCGCAUACAAUGGCCAUCAUGUCGGGUUAUGACGUCAGCAGCGCACACCAUGGUCGUCAUCUCGGGUCAUACCGUCGUCAUCGCACACACUGGUCAUCAUCGUGGGGUAUACCGUCAGCAGCGCACACACUGGUCAUCAUUGUGGGUUAUACCGUCAGCAGCGCACGCAAUGGUCGUCAUCUCGGGUUAUACCGGCAGAAGCGCAUACCAUGGUUGUCAUCGUGGGUUAUACCGUUAGCAGCUCACACACUGGUCAUCAUCGUGGGUUAUACCGUCAGCAGCUUAAACCAUGAUUGUCAUCUCGGGUUAUACCGUCAGCAGCGCACAUCAUGGUCGUCUUCUCAGGUUAUACCGUCAGCAGCGAUCACACUGGGCAUCCUCGUGGGUGAAACCGUCAGUAGCACACACCCUGGUCAUCAUCACGGGUUAUACCGUCAGCAGCGCACACACCGGUCAUCAUCUAGGUUUAUACAGUCAGCAUCGCACACCAUGGUCGUCAUUUCGGGUUAAACCGUCAGCUGCGCACACACUAGUCAUCAUCGUGGGUUAUACCGUCAGCAGCACACACCAUGGUCGUCAUCUCGGGUUAAACCGUCAGCAGCGCACACACUGGUCAUCAUCGUGGGUUAUACAGUCAGCAGCACACACACUGGUCAUCAUCGUGGGUUAUACAGUCAGCAACGCACACCAUGGUCGUCAUCUCGGGUUAUACCGUCAGCAUACCGUCAGCAGCUCACACAAUGGUCAUCAUCGUGGGUUAUACAGUCAGCGACGCACAACAUGGUCGUCAUUGCGAGAUAUACCGGCAGCAGAGCACACCACGGUCGUCAUCGCGAGUAAUACUGUCAGCAUCUCACACAUUGUUAAUCCUCGUGGGAAAUACCGUCAGUAGCUCACACCAUGGUCGUCAUUGCGAGAUUUACCGGCGGCAGCGCACACUCUGUUCAUCAUCGUUGGUUAUACCGGCAGCAGCGCACACACUGGUCAUCACCGUUGAUUAUACCGGCAGCAGCGAACACACUGGUCAUCAUCGUGGGUUAAACCGUCCGUAGCACACACACUGGUCAUCAUCACGGGUUAUACCGUCAGCAGCGUACACACACUGGAAAUCAUCGUGGGUUAUACCGUCAGCAGUGAACACCAUGGUCGUCAUCUCGGGUUAUACCAUCAGCCGUGCACACCAUGGUCGUCAUCGUGGGUUAUACUGUCAGCAGCGCACAGACUGGUCAUCAUCGCGGGUUAUACAGGCAGCAGCGCACACACUGGUCAUCAUCGAGGGUUAUAAUGUCAGCAGCGCAGACCAUGGCCAUCAUCGUGGGUUAUACCGUCAGCAGCGCACACCAUGGUCAUCAUCGUGGGUUAUACCGUCAGCAGCGCACACCAUGGUCGUCAUUGCGGGUUAUACCGUCAGCAGCGCACACACUGGUCAUCAUCGUGGGUUAUACCGUCAGCAGCACACCAUGGUCGUCAUUGCGGAUUAUACCGUCCGCAGCGCAUACAAUGGUCAUCAUCGUGGGCUAUACCGUCAGCAGCGCACACAAUGGUCGUCAUCUCGGGUCAUACCGUCGGCAGCGCAUACAAUGAUCAUCAUCGUGGGCUAUACCGUCAGCAGCGCACACACUGGUCAUCAUUGUGGGUUAUAAUGUCCGCAGCGCACACCAUGGUCGUCAUUGAGGUAUAUACCGUCAGCAGUGCACACGCUGGUCAUUAUCACGGGUUAUACCGUCAGUAUAGCUCACAGUUGUCAUCACCGCGGUAUAUACCGUCAACAGCGCACACAGUGGUCGUCAUCGCGGGUAAAACCGUCAGCAGCGCAAACAGUUGUCGCAAUCGCGGUUUAUACCGUCAGCAGCGCAAACAGUUGUCGUCAUCGCGGUAUAUACCGUCAGCAGCUCAAACAAUUGUCGUCAUCGAGGUGUUAUCCGUCGUCAGCUCAUACAAUAAUCGUCAAUGCGGGAUAUACCGUCAGCAGCGCACACCAUUAUUGUCAUCGCGGGUAAUACCGUUAUCAGCACAAACCAUUUUCGUCAUCGCAGGUUAUACGGUCAGAAGCGCACUCCAUUUUCGUCAUCGCAGGUAAUACAAAUGUCACGCUAACCAUGAUCACCAUCUCGGGUUAUAACGUAAGAAGUGCCCAGCAUAACCGUCAUUGCCUUCGCAAGUACGGUCCACGUCGCAGUUGCAAAGUCAAUAACAAAAAUCAUGGCCAUCAAAGCGAUGUUACCAAGUCAGCGCCGCUCGAAUGCUCAAAGCUGCAAGAACGUGUGUCAUUGAGCCCGCAGUUUAUAAGAAUACAAAGAGCAUGAACGACAACUCUGCAGUUAGAUUGUGCUCCGCUAUGGUCUCAAGAGUGCAAUUAAUAAGAAGUGUCAAGUGACCCUGAUUGAAGAUGAAAUACCGCACCAAGAAUAAGGAUUAUCGCAAGUUUUACUGCACUGUGUCAAGGGACCCUGAUUGAAGAUUAAAUACCGCACCAAGAAUAAGGAUCAUCGCAAGUUUUACUGCACUGUGUCAAGGGACCCUGAUUGAAGAUUAAAUACCGCACCAAGAAUAAGGAUCAUCGCAAGUUUUACUGCACUGUGUCAAGGGACCCUGAUUGAAGAUUAAAUACCGCACCAAGAAUAAGGAUCAUCGCAAUUUUACUGCACUGUGUCAAGGGACCCUGAUUGAAGAUUAAAUACCGCACCAAGAAUAAGGAUCAUCGCAAGUUUUACUGCACUGUGUCAAGGGACCCUGAUUGAAGAUUAAAUACCGCACCAAGAAUAAGGAUCAUCGCAAGUUUUACUGCACUGUGUCAAGGGACCCUGAUUGAAGAUUAAAUACCGCACCAAGAAUAAG